UCUCGAUAGCUCGCUGCGGCUUUCCGGAAACCACACCCAACCUUGGAACGUUACUAGGUACCUAGGUAUCAUCAGGUUCCAACCACUUGGUCACUUCACUCACGCUGUUUACCUUGAUACCGCACUGAACUUGACCGAGAGAGCCUAUCAUGCCAAACGCCGGUGAAGCGCCUCCUAUCCUAGACUUCUCAAAGUUCUAUCAAAACAACCCAGCAUCCAAAAAACAGCUCGUAGAUGAAGUCCGAAACUGCUGCCUACACAAUGGCUUUUUCCAGAUCACAGGCCAUAACGUGCCAAUCGACUUGCAGAACAGGAUGAUGGACUGGAACAAGAAGUUCUUUGAUUUACCACUGGAAGAGAAGAACAAGGUGAACAAAGACACAACCAACACCUGGAACCGCGGCUACGAGCUCCUAAAAUCGCAAAUCCUCGAAGAAGGCACCUCCCCCGAACUAAAAGAAGGUUUCUAUAUCGGCGAUGAAAUCCCAAAAACCCACCCAUACUUCCUCAACAAGAAACUCAAUUCCGGACCCAACAUGUGGCCGUCCGCCGCCUCCCUCCCCUCAGUCCAAGACUUCAAAGACACAUCGUUGGAAUACUACGCUCGCGUCGUCGACCUCGCAAAGGACAUCUUGAAAGUCCUCGCCUUGACACUCGACCUGGAAGAAACCUACUUCGACGCCUUCGCCACCGGCGCAGUAGCAACGAUGCGCCUCUUGCACUACCCCCCACAACCACCCUCCAGCCCUGCCCACCUCACACGCGGAAUAGGCGCCCACACAGAUUUCGGCUGCAUAACCAUUCUGUUGCAAGAUACCGUCCCCGGCCUCCAAGUCUACGACCACUCUACAAAAGAAUGGCUCGACGUAACCCCCACCCCCGGUGCUUUCGUCAUCAACCUAGGUAAUCUGAUGAUGCGGUGGAGUAACGACCGGUAUGUGUCAAAUUUGCAUCGUGUUAUUAAUGUGAGUGGGCAGGAGAGGUAUAGUAUCCCCGUGUUCUUUUCUGGCAAUCCGGACUAUGUGGUUGGUUGCCUGCCGAACUGUAGGAAGGAGGGGGAGGAGGAGAGGUGGAGGGAGAUUACGGUUGAAGAGGCGAUUUUGGAGGGGUACAGGGAGAGUUAUGGGAGGGCGGAAGCGUGGAAGAAGGGGAAAGGGAACGGGGAUGGAGGAAUUGAUGCGAAAGUGCAGGAGGUCGUUGUUGCGUAGAUUGUGGGGAGAGGAUGCGGUCGUUACUGCAAGUGAAUCCGAGAAUGAGAGCAGAUGUGCCUUGCCUCGGCGAUAGCCACAAAGACCGCUUCAGAUCCCGGAUCAAUGCUUCCUAACCGAACAGACCUCAGUAUUACACAAAAUCACACGUGCUGUUCCGAGGUUCGCGCUGCAUUCCAUGUUAAGAAGUGACCGGCAGAAUUCCGCCGGUAAAAUCUGGCCGCACUUUCCGCCCCCAAACGC